AGAGAAUUAAAAGAGAGAGUGAGUAAGAGGCGAAGAGGAGAGAGAGAGAGAGAGAGCGAAAGGAAGAAAUGUCUUGCACGUUGCACAUUUCGUGAAAUUAAAAACCAGAAAGUAAAGUCACUUCCAAGUUCCAACCCAACAACCAAACCCUCAUCAAAAAUCAAAAAUCAAAAAUCAAAUUUGUAUUCCCACCUAAAAAAGCCUCUAACACUCUCUUCCCCUCUUUCGAUUCUCGAAUCCUCCGUCCUCUGUGACCAAUUUUUGUGUUUGCAGAUUGCGAUUUGCGUAUUUCGAUUGAAUUCUAAAUUCGUCGGAUCUUGUUCACAAAUCUGCUUUUUGUUCGAAGAAAUUACAGUUUCGAGAUGAGCACGGGCGAACUUCUCAACAUCGAACCUCUAGAGCUCAAAUUUCCCUUUGAGCUUAAGAAGCAGAUCUCGUGUUCACUUCAAUUGUCCAACAAAACCGAUCACCAUGUCGCCUUCAAGGUCAAAACCACGAAUCCGAAGAAGUACUGCGUUCGCCCAAAUACCGGCAUGGUUUCGCCUCGAUCCACAUGCGACAUUAUAGUUACAAUGCAAGCACAAAAGGAGUUCCCUCCUGAUAUGCAAUGCAAGGACAAAUUUCUUCUUCAGAGCGUUAUUGCUACCCAUGGGGCAUCUGUAAAAGAUAUCACUCCAGAAAUGUUUAGCAAGGAGGCAGGACAUGUAGUUGAGGAGUGCAAAUUGAGAGUGGUCUAUGUUUCCCCUCCUCAGCCACCUUCACCAGUUCCUGAAGGCUCUGAAGAGGGCGGUUCCCCUAGGGGAUCUGUUUCGGACAAUGGUCAUUUUAGCGGUUCCGAGUCUGCUACUGCAUCAAGAGCAUUUGGUGAAUCACAAGAGAAACCUACAGAGGCAAAAGCUCUCAUUGCAAAGCUGACUGAGGAGAAAAAUGCUGCAAUCCAUCAAAACAACAAACUCAGACAAGAACUGGACCUUUUGAGGCGAGAAGCUAGUAAAAGCCAAGGUGGUGUUUCGUUCAUGCUUGUGAUAUUAAUUGGUUUGGUUGGAAUAAUUUUGGGCUAUAUCAUGAAGAAGGCCUGAGGAAGCUGGACGGGCCAGUUAAUCUUUUGUCCUGUUACUGUUACUGUUACUGUAUUAUUUACAACGGUAAUUAGAGAAGAAACGGAUAAGCGUGAUGGUGUUGGCUAUUGGCUAUGCAAAAAGGGGGAGAAAAAAAAGUUUGUUUAGGCAAUGUCCAUGUGUUUGUAGUUAACUGAUUCACUAGUAUUGAUGGACUUGUUGAGAUUCUUUUUUUUUUUUUUGGGUUGAGACAAUGUUUUUGCUUCAUCAUCAUUCUUUGCUAAUUUAACAACUUUGUAUUUCUUUUUAGCCUUUUGAUGGACAGUAACAGCUUAGUCAUAUCCUCUGUAACUAGAGAAAAGAGUACGCGUUGUAUCUAGGUCUUGUUCCUCAUUAUUCUCUGUCUAGUUUGAUGUCUGAUGAAUCUGUUUUCUGUGUGGGAUGCAAGAUUCAAUGGAUUAUGGGGGGUACUUGUCUUUCAGUCUGUUAUGUGACACAAAUUCAAUACAUGAAGUUUUCCUU